UAUUUGCUGUAUUACAGAUAUAAAAUGAUAAAUAAGAUGCUCGAUCAUUUGAAUAAGCUAUCUGAUGCGCCAUUAAUCGUGCUCAAGAUUAAACGCAUCAGAGAAUUGCAUCAUGGUAAGUUUUAAUGUCAAAUAUUAUUUGUUAUAUUAUAAUUAGAUGAUGCAAAUUUAUGUGCAGCAAGAUAUGAUUUAAUGCAAUCUAUAUAUAAAGAAAUUGCGGUAAUAUCGAGAUGUUAUUGAAUUUUGAAUUUUGUCAUACAGAUAUUUGUGAUCUUAUUAUUAAGAUGAACAAUACUCAUGGUUUUUAUCUUCUUUUUUGCUCGGCAAACUGCUUCUUUACGCUUACCGCAGCACUAUACGAGACGUUCUUGCAUAUAAAGAACGAAACGGACAUAAAUUAUAUGUAUAUAUGGGGGUUAUGUGUCGAGUUGAUUAUGUAUACUAUGCAAUUUGGUUCGAUUUGUUGGUUUUGCGAACUUGCACGUCAAGAAUUCAACAAAACGAAGAUAAUUAUGUGCGCAAUUGCAUUGAAAUGUCAAUCUAUGAAGUUUGAUAAACUGAACGAUACAAGGAAUCAAUCGAGUUUAGAGGUACGACCGCCAUUGGAAAGCGCGGACGGCGAGCAAAAUUUUAAUUGGAGUAACAGUUACGUUGUCAUGGAAAAUCUUUUGCGUAAAUAUAUGGCUCAAGACCAUGUCAAUAACGAAAUUAAUGGCUUUUUGAUUCAUUUGCAACAUCGUCAAGUAUCAUUUACGGCCUGCAAUUUUUUCGAAAUGAACAAUAAUCUAUUCUGUAGUUUCGUCCAAUUAAUUUUCACAUAUUUGGGAUUCUUCACUCAAUUUCAUUCGUAACCCGACAAAAUAAACGUAAACAGGAUACAACUUGUAGUUUAUUGAUAGUAUACGUUUAUUAAUACGUUUAUUAAUAGUAUACGUAUAUAAAUAUUAUCUAUUAAAAGAAGUUAUAGUUGUAAUAUUCUGUAUAUUCUCAAUAAGUUUAUUUAGUAUUAAUGAACGUUUAUAUUGUCGCACAAAAAAACUAUGAAAAAUUUUUCUUAGUAUUAAAUUAAAAGAGCGGUUACUGAUUUAUGUA